AUAACAACAACAAAUCGUGUUAAUAGCAAAAAUAAUAAAAACAAAAAACAAAAUGGCAGUGUUGAUAUCAAUAUACCAACUCGAGUAUGCGUGUUCUAACUAAAAUAAAAUAUUAGUUCGUUGUUAAAUUCACCGGGAAAAAAUAAAAUCCGACGUAAACACCAAUAAUGUGUUUAUAAAUUACUGUAAUUGUGAAUUCGAUAAUCAGCGAACGUUGUGUUCGUUGCAUCAGCCACAUUGUUGUGUCCAAUUUGUUCGUGUGAGUGCACUGUGUGUGGGGCCACUACGCAGCAGAUACGUCGUUCGACAGCGUACAAUCAAAAUAAUUACUGAUAUACAUUAAAACACGUAUCUCAAUAUCAUGAAAUGAAAAUUUGUCUGAUCCAAUAUUUUUUUUGUGUUAUUAGCUAAUAUAUUGUUAAUUUUAUUCUGCCAUUUUUCAUAAAAUAUUGCAUGGUUUUAGUCACAAAAAAAAUUAGUUGAAUUAUAAUAACUUCGAAAAACACGGCUAGUAUACACCCGAUUAACAUCAACGGCUUCAAUAAUUGGUUAAUAAUCUUUGAAUAUGAUUACAGCAGCUGCGUAUUAUAGAUGUUUUAGAUAAUUAUGUUUUAGAUGAUUUAAAGAAAUAAUAUAGUGUUGUCAUUGUAAUCAUGGCUGACGUUUUACAGUCUAUUUGUAACCCUUUACCACUAUCAUCCAGUCAAUCAUCUAUUGUUAAAGAAGGAUGGUUAUUUAAGCGAGGAGAACAUAUUAAGAACUGGAGAUCAAGAUACUUUAUUUUGUUUGCCGAUGGUUCAUUAAUGGGUUAUAGAAAUAAACCUGAGGGUCCCAUGACUGAACCACUUAACAAUUUUACUGUUAAAAGAUGCCAGAUAAUGAGUGUUGAUCGCCCUAAACCAUACACUUUUACCAUAAGAGGUCUACAAUGGACAACUGUAAUUGAACGAACAUUUCAUGUAUCAUCCGAAAAAGAAAGAGAAGAAUGGAUGACUGCUAUAAAAGGUGUGUCGGAACGUCUGUGUGAUGUAGAUGAAGUCGAAAUGGAAGGUGUUUCUCAUUCUACUAGUAUGUCUAGUACAAUGUCUGGACCAAGUUCUGAUGAUUUUAGUGCCAAAUUUUCCGUUCAAGGAACAUCUUCUAGUAAAUCUACUGGUAAACGAAAAGUGACUCUUGAAAACUUCGAAUUUCUUAAAGUGCUUGGUAAAGGCACAUUUGGUAAAGUGAUUUUGUGCCGUGAAAAAGCAACUGGUCACUUGUAUGCCAUUAAAAUACUUAAGAAAGAAGUUAUCAUUCAAAAAGAUGAAGUUGCUCAUACAUUAACAGAAAACAGGGUUCUUCGCACUACUAGUCAUCCUUUUUUAAUUUCUUUAAAGUACUCAUUUCAAACAGCAGAUCGAUUAUGUUUUGUGAUGGAGUAUGUAAAUGGCGGAGAACUAUUUUUCCAUCUAUCACGAGAACGUGUAUUUACUGAAGAUAGAACUCGUUUUUAUGGUGCUGAAAUCAUUUCAGCUCUGGGAUACUUACAUUCCCAGGGAAUCAUUUACAGGGAUUUAAAACUUGAAAAUUUACUGUUGGAUAAAGAUGGUCACAUUAAAAUAGCUGACUUUGGGUUAUGUAAAGAAGACAUUACUUAUGGAUCAACUACUAAAACGUUUUGUGGUACUCCUGAAUAUUUAGCUCCUGAAGUUCUAGAAGAUUUAGAUUAUGGUAGAGCAGUAGAUUGGUGGGGUAUUGGAGUAGUUAUGUAUGAAAUGAUGUGUGGAAGAUUACCAUUUUACAAUAGAGACCAUGAUAAACUAUUUGCUUUAAUUUUAAUGGAAUCUGUUCGGUUCCCUCGAGGACUUUCAGCUGCUGCUAAAAGUUUAUUGACUGGUCUUUUGAUUAAAGAUCCUAAGAAAAGAUUAGGGGGUGGUCCUGAUGAUGCCCAAGAAAUUAUGACUCAUGUGUUUUUCAGUAGUAUUAAUUGGUUGGAUUUGGAGCAAAAAAAGAUUCCUCCACCAUUCCAACCUCAAGUAUCAUCGGAUACAGAUACGCGGUAUUUUGAUUCUGAAUUUACUGGAGAAUCAGUUGAACUAACACCACCAGACCUGUCGUCAAAUCACCUCAAUAGUAUUGCAGAGGAAAUGGAACAAUUGCAACCUUACUUCCCACAAUUUAGCUAUCAAGAUUUAGCUGGAUCAAUAUCUAUUAGUGCCAGUUCUUGCUUUAGUCAUACAUGAACAAAACAUUUAUAUAAUACAAUUUUGCUAUUUUUUGUAAAUAAAUUAUAAUAAUAAUUAUACAAUGUUUUGAACUAGUGAAUUUUUUGAACGUUGGUCAAAUACUUAUAGAAAUUUAUAACACAUUGUCAUUCGUGUAUGAUCGUUCAGUAUUUAUCAAUUUUUUCAACAUUAAUUUUUUUUUCUGUAUGUAGUCAUUUAUAUAAUAAAUUAUUGAUGUUUUCUCUCUUUUUUUUUUUUUAUCUUUAUUGUUGAAAGUGUUAUGUUUUUUGUGUAUAUAUUGUUGAAAAUUUGUUCUAAAUAAUAAUUUUACAGCAUCCCCUGUGUACAGGAUAUAUUUUUAUCCUUAAAAUUUAUAAAUUAUAAUAAUUUAUUUUCUUCUAAUUGUUUUUUGAAAUUUUUGAUUAAAUAUUGUUUACAUUAACUAUUUACCCUUAACUUAACAUCAUAGUGAGUUGUAGAAAUUGUUGUAAUGGGCUAUAAGGGAAUUUAUUUUGGGCAUGUUUGAUAGAAAUCAUGUAUUCAAGCUGUAAUUAUAUUCUAAAAAUAAUUUUUAUGAGAGCUUUGAGUACAAUUUUUUAAACAAAUAUACAUUUUGAUUUAUUUUUUUGUAAUAUGGCCAUGAAUUAAGUUGUGUGACUAAUGUAAUAUCAUUUUUAAACCAAACCACCAUACAAAUGUUAUACGUUAAUUAAAAUUAUUGUCAUUCAUGUAAUAUAUUAUAAAUGUAAUUGUAUGUGUGUAAUGUUAAGAGAACAAAUUUAUAAGUUGCACAAAAUUGGUUUUUUAUUCAUAUUAUUUUUGGUAAAUAAUAAAUUUAUUACGUUCCAUCUG